CGACACCGCUUGCCUGCCUCUCGAGCGUUGAUUGUUGAAUUGUGUCUGAUUGCCGGGCUCGCUACGAUGAGCGCGGUCUUGUCCUGCGGCUCUCCGUCUUCGUCCUGUCUUUGUGCUGUCCCCGUAGCUUUGCUGCUUGCUGCUGCUGCUGUUGCUGCUGCACUCGGCAAGCCAAAUGCCUGUCGGCUGGCCGAGAUGGACGGCCGUCGAUUGGAUGCCAGUCCGGACCCGGCUCUGACGGUCGUCUGCGGGGACGGAUAUACCUCUGGCAGGCCUCCUGAGACCUGACAAGGUACGGGGAGGGAUGACCAUGCAGUGGUGGCAGCGCCGAGCAGGUACCCAAGGUACGUCGUACCUGCUCUACUGCCUGCUGUAUGUAUGCUUCCGCCGCUGACCACGACACAAUGUCCGGUUUUGGGCAGCCGUGCCCGCGUCUCCUUGUUCCUGCAACGUGCUAACCUUGAAUAAUGCCUCGCCGUGCUGAGAUGCGUCUCAUGUCCAUCUAUCACUCUCUU